UCCUUCCCUGUCACGUGGGGCUUAGGUCCUGUCCCCUGAACCUUGGAUCACACAGCCCUCCGUGCCUGCUCUGCAAGGAGCCAGGAGCAAAGAGCCAGCAUGGACUUGGGAUCCAGCAUGCUGAGAGCCCUCCUCCUUCUCCUGGAUGUUGGAGGAGCACAAGUGCUGGCCACGGGCAAGUCUACGGGGGCCGAAACUGAAAUCAAAUACGCCAUCAUCGGGAUGGCGCUGGGCAUUGCCAUAUCCGUGGGUUUCCUGGCCCUGAAGAUCUGCAUGAUCAAGAAGCACAUGUUUGAUAAUGAAUCCACAGACCUAAGAAAUGUAAACCCGGACCCCAGUGACACCACCGCGCUAAAGAAGAGAGCCCCAAGGUUAAAUCUCAGUUUCUCUGAAAGAGAUGCACAACUCACUGAGCUCUAAGCAAGUGGCCUCUGCAGGAGGGGUUUGGCAGUCCGGAAAACUGCGCACACUUGCAGCCUUGGGGAUGUCUUGAAUUUGAGUGUCCAAAGCUGAUGAUAGACCUUCACAUGGAACUCAAUAUCCAGGGCAAAUAAGAGAAUGAACAGAAUCCACAGUACCUCUGUCCUGAAGGGAAAUAUCACUUUUCUUCUGCAAGAAGCUGACUGUAUAGAGGAAGGCAGAACACUUUAUCCAGCAAUGAGAAAGGAAGGAAGCCAAUAAAUCUUCACUGCCUAUCCUGGUCCACCAUGUCAGAGCCGUUCAUGCUUCUUUGAUGGCCUUGUGUCCAUGUCAAUGGUACCUACCCACAGCAAAUGGCUUAUGAAAUGAGAACCAACUCAAGACACAACCUCUUUAGCACCACCAUCUUAUCAACAGGUAAGCAGCAUUUUCUAGAACUAUUGGCCUCACUUUCUUAGCUGCCAGAAGAAUCCCCCUGUGAACAUUCAGGAGCCCUGAAACAUGGAGAGCAUGGGGCAGUCUCCAUUCCUGUAAAUGAAAGACUGACCUUCCAAAAGAAGAAAUGGCAGGCUGGGCUGGAGUGAGAGGUAAAGUUCUGAUGGCCAUGGAAUGAGCCUGUAGCUCUGCAGCUCUUCAAAUGAUGGAGCCAACAAAGGAUUAAAUGAGACAACAGAUGCCAUGCCUUAUAGAGAGUUGUAGAGAUGUAAGCAAUUAUUGUUAUGCUUAUAGAAUUAUUUUGUGGUUAUUAGUACAAUGUGCAUACCUUGUCAUGGAGGACACGACUGGUGGAGGCUUAGGAAACCCACAUCUUUUUAUUAUUGCCAUAAACCUAAGGUUCUGUGGCAUAAGGCCCAUUAACACUUCUUUCUCCUGUAAUAUUAACCCUGUAUUUCUGGGGCUGCGUUAUGGAAUACUCUUUGCCUUUCCAUUCAACAGAAAUCUGGGUGGUUGUAUGGACUGGUUCUCCUCGGAUUAGGUUACUCUCCUUCUGUGUGAUGAAAGAUGAGCUAUCUUUCAAAAUAAAGUGCUGUGCUAUAAUAAUUUGCCUGGAUACCCAGGACAUCUUUUAUCUGACUUGAUAACAAUGCAGUUCAUUAGCAGACUUUGCUAACUGAUAACCUAAAGCAGUAACGCAAUACUCAUAAGCAAUUUUCUGUGUGUAAGAUAGAAUAAACCAU